AUGGCUGACACAGAAUAUCCGUUCAACAACCCACGUCCCGCGUUUAAGGAUAGAGUAAAUGAAUCAUCUCAACACUUUCCAGAAUAUGCUGCAAAAUAUGUGACAUCCUUAUUUCCGAUUCAAGACUGGAUCUUACGCUAUAAUCUAAUUUGGUUUAUUUCUGACUUGAUUGCCGGACUAACAGUUGGUGCAGUAGUAAUUCCGCAAGGAAUGGCCUACGCCAAAGUUGCUGAAUUAACCCCUGAAUAUGGUCUAUAUACGUCCUUUGUGGGCGUCUCCAUUUAUGCUUUGUUUGCUACAUCCAAAGACAUAACGAUUGGACCGACAGCUGUCAUGUCACUAUUGUUGGGUCAAAGUAUCGUGAAAAUCCAAGCUGAUUGGCCUAAUCCGGAUCCUAAGCAUCCGGUGUAUUCUAAUGUUGAAAUUAUAACUGCUUUAUCUUUAAUUGCUGGUCUUAUUUCAGCUAUUCUCGGCUUCUUACGUCUUGGAAUUCUUGUUGAUUUCAUUCCUUUUCCUGUAAUUGCUGGUUUCAGUACCGGAUCAGCUAUCACUAUUGCGAUUGGUCAAGUUUGCAAAUUGUUGGGUAUAGUUGGUAUUAAUUCAAAAGAAUCAGGAUAUCUGGUCCUGGGUAAAACUCUUAAAGCACUCGGCGGAACUAAAAUCGAUGCAGUAAUGGGAAUAUUUUCAUUGAUACUCUUAUAUGGUGUCAAAUAUGCAUGUCAGUUUUGUGGAAAAAGAUGGCCAAGAUAUGAACGUACCUUCUUUUUCAUUUCAAUUCUCCGAAACAUCGGCGUUGUAAUUCUUGCAACGGUUAUCGCCUACAUAGUCAAUAUUGGAAAAAAAACCAGUCCAAUCGCUAUUUUAAAGACUGUCCCGAAAGGUUUUAGUCAUGUUGAAACUCCACCUGUGAAUAGUGAAGUUAUAAGUCACAUCAAAAGUUAUAUUCCGAUUGUUGUUAUUAUCUUGAUUUUGGAACACGUCGCCAUAUCCAAAAACUUUGGGCGAAUUAACAAUUAUACUAUCAACCCAAGUCAAGAGAUGAUUGCAAUUGGAAUUACAAACAUUAUCGGACCAUUCCUUGGGGGUUACGCUGCUACCGGUUCUUUCUCACGCACAGCUCUUAAAUCAAAAUCUGGUGUACGAACUCCACUUGCGGGUAUUUUCUCCGCCAUAUUGGUCGUUUUGGCCUUAUUCUUCUUGACAUCCGCUUUCUACUAUAUUCCGGAUUCUGCGCUUGGCGCUGUGAUUAUUCAUGCUGUAUUGGAUUUAGUGUCACCGUGGAGAUACAUUAUCGGUUUAUACAGAAUUCAAUUCUGGGAUUUCGCAGUAUUUGUUGUGGGGGUAGUUUUCACCUUCUUCACUACCAUUGAAAUUGGAAUAUACGUAUCAACGGGAUUAGCUCUUGUAGUUUUGUUGGUCCGAUUGGCGCGACCCCAAAUUGAAGCAUUAGGACGAUUCCCAUUAGGAGGCGACAAUCAACCAAAAUACGCUUACGUUCCACUUGAUCACCCAUCAUUCACUGCAGCCUCAAAUCCACCUUCAGGUGUUCUCAUAUUCCGACUCGGUGAAUCACUUACUUAUCCAAACGCCAGUUUUAUUGAUGAACAGAUUGUCGGGUACGCAAAAAAACAGACUCGACGAUUCUUCGAACGAGCAAAAAAGAAAGGAGAUCGACCAUGGAAUGAUGCAGGUGGAAAUGAUGACGAAAAUGAGAAAGCACCAAGAUUACGUGCUGUUAUAUUCGACUUUGCAGGUGUCAAUGUGAUUGAUUCGACAGGUGCCCAAGCGCUGACUGAUAUUCGAAAAGAGUUGAAUAAAUAUGCAGCCCAUAAUGUUGAAUUUCAUUUCGCCAAUCUUGCAAAUGAGAAUAUUCAAAAUGCUCUCCGGCUCACUGGAUUUGGAUCAUUAGAACCAUUAGC